GCGCACUAGGAAAUAUAAUUUCAAUAAGCCCAGUGUCUUUGUAAAAGGCCUAUCAAUGCGUAUCUGGUUAAAUAAAGAUAAAAUUAGUUAGGAAAAAAGUGAAUAAAUAAAUGGUAGAGCUUUGUCAAAAUUAUUUGUAUCAAUUAUUUUUUUUAUUGUACAUUCAAUUCCAUAUAAUUGUAACAACGAUAUACAUAUAUGUUGACAGUCGAGACCGAAUAAGCCCAAGUGCUUGCUAUAACAAUACGCAUAGUAUGACGUGGAAGUUUAUAAUAUGAUUGAUUAUGAAUGAUUAUUAAUCACUUAUUGGAGUUAAAUAUCCUUUCCAAGGAAUAGAAAAUGUAAACUGAUUAUCAUCAAAUAAAGAAACAAAUUUGGAAUGAUGGAAUUAGAAAUUUUCAGUCCAUGUAUUGAUAUAUGUUGGUACCCACCACUAUACAGCUAUUACAUAUAUACAAAUGAAUGAGUGUGGAGUGUGUGGACAUGGCGACCUCCCGACGUGUGGAUUGACUAAUUUUUGUAGAAAAUAAAAUAAAUGAUUUGUGAAUUUUUUGCUGUGAACCUGGGAAGAAUUAUAAUUAGUUUGUCAAUAUUGGACGAUAAUAUUCCCGAGUUAGCUCGGUUAAUCGGUAAAUUGUCUCAGAGAUAAGGAAAUAAGAGAGAAAAAUUAUGAAUUACAAUCACUCAGGAGGCUCAGGAGCCCGUAGGGGAAAACCAAAAAGAAUCGUAGAUCCAUCAGUGGGUACAUCCACAUCAUCUCCUCCCCAGAUGCCAAAUAAUCCUUAUGUAUAUAAUAAUCAACAGGUCGAUGCAAACAAUGGUUUACCACAAUAUGGCUUUAACGUGUCUGAAGCAGCCGGAACAGUGUAUGGUUUCAAUCCAUCGACAAUAUCAUCACCACAGAAGCUUGGUUCGAUGCAGCCACCAUAUGUCAAUUCCAAUGCCAAUGUCAAUACAGCACCUCAAGACAGUGGAUUCUCUGGACCUCAAUUUGCGACACAACUUCUUAAUGAACCCCUUGUAGCUAAUAUGGCUAUGAAGUAUGGAGAUGCACUGGUCGGCACUGGCAAGCAGCAAUUUGAAAAAUACGUUCCUGUUACAGCGCUCAAAUAUUACUUUGCGGUUGAUACUGAUUAUGUUUUUGUCAAAUUAGCACUCUUAAUUUUUCCAUUCACUCAGAAAGAUUGGUCGGUGAAAUAUGAACAAGAUGUUCCCCUUCAACCGCGGUACGAGAAAAAUGCUCCCGACAUGUAUAUUCCAACGAUGGCAUUUUUGACAUAUGUGGUGAUGGCAGGCUUAUCCCUUGGAACUCAAGAACGGUUCAGCCCAGAGCAACUUGGAAUAAUUGCCAGUUCAGCAUUAGCUUGGGGUUUAAUAGAGCUUCUCAUCCACACUAUAACACUCUACGUUAUGAAUCUCGAAACAAGUCUACGGACUUUCGAUUUAGUAGCAUACUGUGGCUACAAAUACGUUGGUAUCAAUGCUGCUCUAUUAUUAUCAUUAAUUUUUCGCCGAUUGGGUUAUUAUACUGUGCUCAUAUACUACAGCAUAUCGCUUGCAUUUUUUCUCAUAAGAUCUCUUAAACUACGAGUGAUACCCGAGGGGCACACAUCAUACACUGCAACAGGGAAUAAACGAAGACUCUACUUCAUUCUCUUUGUUGCAUCGCUUCAACCCUUCCUCAUGUGGUGGCUAUCCUAUCAUCUCAUUCAAUGAGAGACUCUGUGUAAUUCUUCUAUUUUGUAAAAUGUUAUCGUUUGGAAGUAACUGUGAGUCACAAAAGUUUGUGAAGAAGUAAUAAUUUAUGGAAAAAAAAAACUCCAAAACACCAUUGACUAUUGUGCAUUUUUGUAAAAUAAAAAAUUGAAAA